AUGGAUUUGGAGAUGUCAUUAGUCCAACAAAAGUCACCCUUCAAUGAGACUAAAGAAGUUCAUGGCUUUCAGGAUGGAGGGGCUGAUACACUGAAUGAAGUAGAUGGGUUAGAUCCUACAGAUAUAAAAGACCAAGGGAAGGAGACAGUCACGCAAGACAAUAAUGUUAACCUUGUGGACUCUUCCAUUGUUAAUAACCAGACUUGUGAAGUUCCUCAUGAAAAAGAUAUAUGCAACAUCGUGGACUUUCAUAGGGAAUUCAGUCCUAGAAGAGAGCUUAAUGUAUUUAAUGAACCAUUUAUUAAGGAGGUUCCUGAAACUGUGAGUUCAUCUGUUGACAUUGAUGGGAUUGCGGAUAUGUCAAUACCUGUUGAAAGCAAUGAUGCGAUGAACCCUACCAUGGAGGGGCAUUUGCCAAAAGGACUUGAGCAUGAAUUGCAUCUGAAACAGAAAGAAUUGGAGAAACUUGUAUCUACAUCUGGUAACUUGGACUUGUCCUUUGGUGCCAUUGAAGAUGAUGAGAUUGAAGAAGGGGAAAUUUCAGGGGAAAUUAGUGAGGAAAUGGAUUUAUUAUAUGAAGAUGCUGUAUCAUUGGAGGAGAAGAAGUCAGGUAAGGUGCAGAUUUCUGAACAUACUGAUAAAGAAGCAUUCACUCGUGAUGAUGGAGAUGCAAGACUGGGGGAUUGUGAUACGAGAAGUUCUAUGUUUUUGGACACAGUUGAUUCGGAAACAGAAGGUUUCAGAAAAGAGCAUACAAGUGCUGAAGUUUUUUCUCACAGCGAAGAAACUGCAACUAAAACUUUAGAUGGUUAUGAUGCUUCUCUGGAGAUUGGAUUGACUGCAGAGCAAGUUUUAGGAGUCAAUAAGACAGAUCAUCCAGCAAUUUCUCUAGAAAACUUAUCUCAGCAUGGACUAAUGCAUGAAGAUACAGCUGAAAAUAAAAGUUCUGUGGAUGCCAAAAUGAAAAAAGAAAGGAUUAAAAGAGCAGCAAAGAAUAGAGAGCUUGGUGUUAAAAGGUUGAAGCUACAACCACUGUCGAAACCCAAGACAGUGACAUAUUGCCGCCAUUAUCUCAAUGGCAGAUGUCAAGAGGGCGAGAAGUGCAAAUUUUCACAUGAUACAACGCCCUUGACAAAAUCUAAGCCAUGCUCCUACUUUGCACGACAUUCUUGCAUGAAAGGAGACAACUGCCCGUUUGAUCAUCAACUGUCCAAGUAUCCUUGCAACAAUAUUGUAACCAAUGGCUUUUGCAGCAGAGGUGCUGGUUGUUUGUUUUCGCAUGAGAUUUCCGCUAAGGAUGGUUCUCUGCCAACUUCAAAUGUUACGAAGCCUGAAUCCAAGUCUCCAACCCUGGUAAGCAAGACAAUUUCUAAGAAACAGGUGAAUAACCAAGGUGUCCCUCAUCAGCAUGCUGAUGCCAAGUUCUCCGUAAUGGCAAACAUUUCUGGUAAGAGUACAGAGAAGAAAGCGUCAGAGCAUCUGGAUAGACCUUCUGCUCAGACACCAAAAGGAAUCUGCUUCAUUUCGCAUGUGAGAUCGCCACCAGGUGAUACCAGUAAGCAUAAACAAGCUGUUCCACAUCUUAAAGGAGACAAUAGUGACAAAGUCAGCUAUAGCAUGACUAGGAACCUUGAAGACAGCAUUCAGAAGUCGAAUGACCUAGCCAAGGGUGCACCUUCAAAGAUGCCAAGGGGAAUAAACUUUCUGUUGUUUGGCAAACGUCCUUUGGAUGAGUCUCUUAAUAGGGAUUAUGGGGUCAGUGAAUCAUUGUUAGGGCAGGUAAGUAAAAGCAAGUUAGUUGACUCGCCUUUGAAAAGUGAAGUUCGCGUCAAAAUUGACAAUCAAGCUGCCCAAAGCAGUGCGGACUUAGAGUUAAAAGUGAAUAAAACAGCAAACAUAGUUUCACCUUCGUCCAUGCCUCAGGCCAUGAAGUUUCUUUCAUAUGGAAAAACUCCAGUAGACAAUCCUACGGCUAUUAGCCAACGUGACACGCUUCGCAGCAUUGUUAACGUGGGUCUGCCAUUGGUCCAACGGAAGGAAUAUGCACUUGAUGGACUCAAAUUCUUCCCUGCAAUGCCGCAAAGGUCAGCAUCUUCUUCCCAGCCAUUCGAUCAAUCAUUGGAUCAACCAAGCACUGGAGGAAUGUCAAGCUUUUCAAAGACAUCACUCCUGCUGAAUGCACCAACCUCGGUACAGAAAGCCCUCCGGUCAACCUUGGCAUUUGCAGCUAAGUUGGAUUCUGAAAUUAAGUUGAACCAGUCUCUCGAUACCCCGUCUGACAUCAACAAAAUAUGAUAGGUCAACGUUCAGAGGAUAAAUUGUUGGAAGCCUCUGAGACUCUGGACUUAAUGCUGAAUUGCAUCAGUCACUGAACAGUGAAUUGAGGACAACCAGUCAAAUGCAACUUCAAUUUAUGCAUAAUUCUCUGCACAGAUUACUGGUUUUUGCAGUUAUUCCUGCAGUAAAAAUGUUCAAUUGUUUCCAGAGAGCUGCUGCUCUAUUUAGUCUCCAAGGAUUUUGGCGGUUUGUAGCACUAAGCUGCAAGCUACUCAAAAUGAGAGCUGACCUCUCUCCUCUGUUGUGUUACUUGGUGAAACUACAGGUUGUUUGUUUCUUGAUAUGGCUGCUUGAUGAUGCUUUCUCAUAUUGCACAAACGAACAAUUUCCCAACCUGCAGGGCGAGCCAAUGCUGAGGUGCAAAUGAAGGCCAAAGACAACUGUGCUCAGCAGGUAGAUGGUAGGUAGAUAUCAGGGAUUUUAUAGACAAAGAAGCAUUUGCUAAUGGCCAAUGCACUCUUGCUGCAGCUUUGUUGAAUCAAGCCAGCUGAUGAAUCAAAUGUUUGAAGUCUUGGUAAAUGGUAGGAAACUAAGAGGACAAGCAGGUUUCGGGUGAAAGAUUGCAAAUAUCUCAAAGAAUUCCAUGAUGCGGGGGAAGAAUACUGAUAUUAAGAAGUUUGCCAUGAGUUAACGUGUUCUCUGCUUUUCCUUGGCCCCAAUGACGUCUCUAAUGGAUCAAUACGCGGCUCAACGUUUUGAGGUUCACCAGCCUAUUUGCACCUUUGAGGAUUAAUGGUACAUUAAGCUUGGCUGCUGAACCCAUAUGCAAUAUUGACCGUUAAAUGAUUUCACUAGAUGAUGUUUCAGACUUGAGGAUGAUACUCUGAUAGGAACUUUAUAUUAUACUCGCCUUGUAAAUUCGUAGCAGAAGAAGAUGCUUGCCUCUGCCAUUCCGGAUUCCCAUUUGGGCAAAGAGCAUUUUGACAUGGACAGACGAGAUACAUAUAUUUUAUUCUCCAAGAAAAGAGAGAUAUAUUUUAGAGUGAAUUUCCUUUUAGCCCCUUUGUGUGCAGCUUUGGCACUUGGUCCCAUAUUUGUUGCAGUCCUCCUUUUCUCUUUUUUUUUUUUUUCGAAAUGAUAGAAUUGUAUUGAUUUACUAAAAGUAUAUACAGUGCGAGCAAUGGCUCGAUACUUAUAUUUUACUAUUAGCACAGUAGAUUGGAAUUGACCCAUUCUACAUCUUGAUGAUUGCUCAAUGUUUGAGCACUAAAUUAAAUAACGACAACGCAUAUAUA